AUGCCGUUCAUCGAUCAACCAGAGACCAACGGCAAUGGCCAUUUGAUGGAGCCAAAGGAGCUCUGGCGCCCGUCAAAUCCUGAAUCCACGCAGAUUUAUCAAUUUAAGAACCGCAUAAUCCAGAGACACGGCCUCUCGCUGCAGAACUAUGACGAUUUGCGCGAAUGGAGUAUCCGCAGCCCGGCGCUUUUCUGGGAAGAAAUAUGGCAGUACACUGGCGUCAAGGCGCACAAAACCUACGACAGCGUAUUCGAUGAGAACGCGCCUCUGUUUCCUCGCCCGUCAUUCUUCAAGGGCUCGUUGCUCAAUUUCGCAGAGAACCUGCUUUUCCCGGCCUGCAACCCCAACGAGGAAGAGAUUGCUGUCAUAUCUGCCACAGAAUCUACUCGUGAGAGUAUCUCAUGGAAGGACCUUCGGGAGCGAGUACGUGUCUGCGCACUUGCUUUGGAGGCUGCUGGUGUUGUAGAGGGGGACCGCGUUGCCGGAUUUGUAGGCAACCAUGCCAACACCCUGAUUGCCAUGUUGGCAGCCACCUCGCUCGGUGCAUUGUGGAGUGGCGUUUCCACCGAUACUGGUGUUCAUGCUGUCCUGGAGAGAUUGAGACAGAUCGAGCCCAAGGUACUCUUUGUGGAUAACGGAGCCGCCUACAAUGGCAAAGUCCACCCAACUCAGUCAAAGAUUACGGAAGUGGCUGCUAACCUGGAGUGUCUGGACCUUGUUGUUGUUAUUGACGCCGUCAAGGACUACCCAUUUGAGAUCUCGGCCGCCAGGCCUCCCAAGGGAAAGAGUGUGGCACUGCAGGACUUCCUCUCCUCUGCCGAGGCCAUAUCGAAGCCAUUGGCCUUCAAGUACCUUCCUCCUGACCACCCUGUCUACAUCCUAUACUCCUCUGGCACGACUGGUGCGCCAAAGCCUAUUGUCCAUGGAGCACUUGGAACUUUGAUACAGCAUAAGAAGGAACAUGUCCUUCACUGCGAUAUGCGACCCGGUGACCGCCUGUUCUACUUCACAACCACCACAUGGAUGAUGUGGCAUUGGCUAGUUUCUGGCCUCGCAAGCGGCACCAGUAUAGUUCUCUAUGACGGAUCUCCCUUCCGCCCACUUGAUCCCGAAAACGGCAAGGGUGAUAUGGCCAUGCCUCGUUUGAUUGAUGAAUUCCAGAUCACCCAUUUUGGAACUUCUGCCAAAUACCUCUCUGUUCUUGAGCAGAACUCUCUGAAUCCUAGAGAGCACCCAUUCAGACCUGUAACGCUUAAGAGUCUGAGAGCUAUCUUUAGCACCGGAUCUUCCCUCGCCCCAUCCACAUUUGACUUUGUUUAUUCUUCGAUCCACCCAGACAUAAUGCUUGGCUCCAUAACUGGAGGGACAGACAUUAUCUCCCUCUUUGGUGCUUGCUGCCCAAUUCUCCCCGUCACACGCGGUGAAAUCCAGUGUCGUGGCCUCGGAAUGGCAGUCUCUGUCUUUGACUACGCCGGAAAUGACAUUGGUGCAUCCGGCGAUGCCGGUGACCUCGUUUGUCUUAAACCUUUCCCGUGUCAGCCAGUUAUGUUCUGGCCUCCUGGUCCGGUUGGCGCUGAAAAGUAUCGAGCUAGUUACUUUGAUACUUUUGGCCCUAAGAUCUGGCAUCAUGGAGACUUCGUCCGCAUAAACCCCGAGACUGGUGGGUUGGCAAUGCUGGGACGAAGUGACGGGGUGCUAAAGCCUGCUGGCGUUCGAUUUGGGAGCGCAGAGAUCUAUAAUGUUAUACUCAAGCAUUUCGCAGAUGAGAUUGAAGAUUCUCUCUGCAUCGGCCGGAGACGCGAAGGAAUCGAAACGGACGAAACCGUCGUAUUAUUUGUGAAGUUAAUGGGUACAACCCCAGCUUCCUCUGGCACAUCAACGCCUGUCAUUGUUGAAGAGCCAAAAGCCAUCUCAAAGGAGCUUAUCACCCGCAUACAAGCCGCUAUCCGCAAGGAGCUGAGCGCUAGGCAUGUCCCUGCUAUAGUCGACUCAUGCCCCGAGAUACCAGUCACAUCCAACGGCAAGAAAGUCGAAAACGCAGUCAAGCAGAUUCUCUGUGGGUUAAACAUCAAAACUGGUGCCAGUGUCGCCAACGCGGCUUGUUUGGAUUGGUACCGCAAAUGGUCUAAUGAACAUUAG